UUGCUUCGUGCGCCAAGGUUGAAUUUGUAGAUGGCCGAUUAGAUUUGAAUGGUGCAGUGAUGCAGUCAUCAGAAUGCAUGGACUCUGCUCUGCGCGUUUAAACAUGCUUUAAAGACGCAGUGCAGCGCCGUACAGGCUUAUCAGUCAGGCAGGGCCAAUCUUGUUGACGUUCACAAAGUUCCCCUUAUCUAAUCGGCCAUUUAUUCAUAAAUCGUAUUUCUUUUUCCUCAACAACCAAAAUUAAAGAAUAAACUUUUUUUCGUAUAGAAUUAAUUUUUUUCAAUUUUUUUUCUGCAUACUUUGCAAGUUGAGUGUUGAUUGGCUUCCGAAUCGUUCUAGAUGUGUAAUUUACCGUAAAUUGUGGAUUCUUGAUUGGGUUCUUUAAAUUUAAAUUGUAUUGUGUUUGGUUGUCGGGAGAGCGUGUGGGUGUUGGAGGGAAUUCGUUUGACAUAAUGGAGACUCGUUUUUCAGCGUUGGUGUGUCUGGCGUUUUGCGGAUCGAUCGGCCUCAUGUUCCUCUUCCUGGCCUGCGCGCUGCCUUCCUACGGGGUGUGGUGGCCGUUCUUCGUGGUGUUCUUCUACGUGUUCGCCCCGGUGCCCAUCGCCAUCGCCAAGCGCUACGUGGAUGGCGGCGCCGGCAGCGGGGGCAGCGUCAAUAGCGCCAUCGACGUGGCCGUCUUCAUCGUCGCCUGCAUCGUCGUGUCCGCCUUCGGGCUGCCCCUUAUCCUCGCCCGCGCCGAACAGAUUAAAUGGGGCGCCGCCGCCCUGGUGGAGGCCGGCAACGUGGUCAUCUUCCUGACGAUGCUGGCGUAUUUCCUGGUCUUCUCCAACGAGGACGUCGACUACAGCAUGUGGUGAAAGUGACCCGGCCUGUUGGGGAAAUUUUCUCUGUUUUUUCUGUCUAUCUGCAUCGAUCUUCUGCCAAAUUAUUUUGUUCGGUAUUCGCGCAAAUUGCGGUUUUGUUGACGAGAUGGAUUAGCCGAUGAUUUCGCUCGAAUUGCGGAGCAGCAAGCUGUUUUCUUUGUGAUCUGAUGGCACAGGAAUCAUUUCUCUCUCA